GUUUAUUGAAAAAUCUCCGCGGCGCGCUUAAGUAGCACGCGUUAUUGAUGGCGCGUUUUCUCCUAAUGCGGAGAUUUUCUCGAGAAAUUUUAUAUAGGACGCGUCCGCAGGACAACCUUGUUUCCCCAAACUGCCACAUCAUUACACCUAUAUAUAUCUUCCGCUACUCUAGAUAUUCCUUCAAGUCCUUAGCAUCCCUUCCGACCUAAUUGAAUAUUUCACUAAUCGCAUAAUGAAGAGAUCCGCCUCCAUCCAGUCACCAGAUGUCAAUGAGCGAAAGCGAACCAGAAGCUCCGCUAGACUUGCACAUUCCCCCGUUGAGGUCUUGAGCGAUCUCAGCGAUGAUGAAAUCCCUGAAAAGAAGAAACAUACCGUUGUAAAGUCCCAGACUACCGUUUUGCAGAAAAUCAGUCUCAACGCCUUGCAAACCCCUCCCUCUACCCCCACCAAGGCUCGAGUCUUGGACUUUCAAAAUGAAUCACCCGUUAAAUCUAAAACCGUUGUCCAGUUGAGGUCGCCUCCUGCUACUCCCCAAAAACCUUCUUUGGAGCGAAUCUCCAUCUACACCCGGGCCAAGUCGCUCUUCCAGAGAGGCUCCGCUGCAGGGCCGGCCGAGACUCCGUGUUUACCGUCCCGCGACCACGAGGGUAGGUACCUCAACGACUUUGUCAAGUACAACAUAAUCCACAACUACUCCAACACCGUGUACUUGUACGGUCCCCCGGGCACCGGAAAGACGGCCCUGGUCAACCAGACGCUAGCAAGCCUCUUGAAGGGGCUGAAGAGCGCAAACGUUUUCUCCACCAAGAACCAGAUCCAAACGGUCACAAUUACGAACGACAUGGACGAAUCUUCCGCAGCAGUCGUGCGCAAGGUGAUUGUGAUCAAAAUCAACUGUUUCAUCAUCAACAAGCCAGAGAACAUUUUCCACGAGAUCUACUGUCAGUUGAAUAACGGCUACAAGCUCGACGGCCGGAAGUACCGUUAUGAAGACCUUCAGGAGCUGUUACAGAGCGAGCCCAAGUUCCAGAAUCUUUCAAUCAUCCUUGUGCUCGACGAAUUGGACAGUUUGAUCACCAAGGAUCAGCAAAUCAUCUUCCAGUUAUUCAAGAUGGCGUCGUCCGUCGUGGAUGCCGCGCCCAGCGUCCGGCCAAACGUGAUUCUCAUCAGUAUCGCCAACGCGUUGGACUUAACGGACCGAUUGUUGCCUAGAUUAAAAACGAACGGCCUCAGUCCUAAAACGCUCCAGUUCAUGCCCUACAAUUCAGACCAGAUCAAAAACAUCAUAACGGAAAAAUUACGGUCGCUCCACACGGGAGAUGAAGUUUCCGUUCCAUUAAUCCACCCAGUGGCAAUUCAGCUCUGCGCGAAAAAGUCCGCUUCGAACACGGGUGACUUACGUAAGGCGUUUGACGUGGUGCAACAGUCGUUGGAUUUGGUAGAAGAAGAGUGUAAAAAGACGGGUGACGUGUUUGCGUUGACCGCAGCCACCGCGCCAAAGGUGAGCAUUAGCCACAUGUCCCGGAUCUUUGUUUCGGUCACCGGAAACAGCAAGGCAAGCCAGCAACUCGCCUGCUUGAAUAUCUUGCAGAAGUCGAUCUUGGCGUCCAUGAUCAACUCUAUCAAGCAAAGUAACAAGGGCUUGUUGACGAACAACCAGUUCUACGACCACUACUGUGCGCAGGUGGGGAGUGACCGCAUGUUGGUGAAGUUGAAAAAGGGCGACUUUUUGGAAAUCGUUUCCGCGUUGGAAGCCAGCUCCAUCAUUCUCAUGGUCGACGAUGUGAAGCGGAAUGUGGAGUUUGGGCAGCGAAAAUUUAAGUUGAACGUGGACUUUGAUGAGGCUGUGAAGCACAUGGAGGAGAUUUCUCUCUGCAAGAGAUUUCUCUAAGGUAAUAGCCAAAGGCAGAAGCAACAUGACAGAUGUAAAUAAGGCAAUGAUAAAUAGAUGCAAUAUGCAAAGAUUCCAAACGGAUGUGGAUGCUGUAACAAAAUAUGAGUACGGGGGGGACCGAGACUGUGGAGGUUGGUAAAUGCCUCCACCCAAACCAAGCUUACUUGGACAUUAUUUGAGCCCCAUACAGUGCUUGAACUCUACCCACCAGACUUUCCUAAAGGCUGUGAUUUUUUGCACAGGGGUCGGUGCAAAGGUCGAGUACUGGUACCGCACGUCUUCGGCAGCGGGCUGACGCCCUGGCGGCGGGAUACCGUUGAUUUUGGCGUGGAUCGUCUGCACAAACUUGUGGAAUGACGCUGAUUUCAUCAACGUCUGGUAAAGAAGGUCUUCGAG